AUGUCGUCCGACCCCUCGCCCCACCUCCCGUCGCCGGUGGCCCCGCCGGGCGCGGCGGAGGCGGAUCCCCAGCCCCUGCCCCUGCCCCAGCCCGCUGAGCCGCCCGAGGUGAUGCACCGGACGAGGGCCGUCGACUUCCUCGGGCGACGCACGCCCAUCGUCUACCAGAACGACAACGGGCCCUGCCCCCUCCUCGCCAUCUGUAACGUGCUUCUGCUGAAGAAUGUGAUCAGCCUGAACCCUGACGAGGGCGAGGUGUCGCAGCAGAGGUUGCUCUCGCUCGUGGCCGAGCGCCUCAUCGACCCCAACAUCGCCGUACAGGACAAGGACGAGGAGUAUGUUCGCAACAGGGAGCAGAACGUCGCGGAUGCCAUUGAUCUUCUCCCGCUACCGCAACAGGCAUUGAUGAUUGAUGACUUUGAGUUCACCGAGAACGUGCUAUAUUUGAUCUUCUGGAUAUCCCGCUAUACCAUGGAUGGAUUGUGGACCCUCAGGAUACUGAAACUGCUACUGCUAUUGGAUCGAAGUCCUACAAUGCUCUUGCCUCCGGACUUGCUGAAUUCAAGUCAGAUUCCGUCUCCCAGUGUUUCUCGUGGGAGAUCAUUUGAUGAACUUACUCUCUCAAACUCAACUGAACCACAUAAAAGGCGAGGUGACCUUGAGGAAGAAGAGGAACUGAUGAGGGUCCUCAAUCUAUCCAAAGCUGAAAGUGGGGAUGCAGUUGAUGGAGAAGUUUCUUUGGACACUUCACAUAGUCAUUCAUCGUCCAACAUGGAGACACCACAAAGUGAGAGUUUUCAGUCAGAAGCACCUGAGGUGGUGGGGGCUGCAAAAAAAGAGGAACAUGGCGAUCACGCUGUGAGUGAUGAUGGCUCCAUGCUCACAAAUGGUGCUGUUAAUGGCAGUGAAGUUGUGCUUGAAGAAUCCCAAGAAACUUUGACAUCUAAAGAACCAGAGGACAGUGGAAUAAAGAAUAUGUUACCAGGGGACCUUGAUAUACCUAUUCAAUCUUCAGAAUCUACUCCCUCUUGUCCGUCUCAUGAAUCCUUUGCUACCAGUGAUCACCAACCUGCUGUUCCUACUCUUGUUGAAGGUGAUAAAGAAACCUGCAGAGAACAGUUUGAUGUACAAAUUCAUGGCCAGUCUAAUGAUACUGAGGCUGCUUGUGACUCGUUAGUUGCAACUUGUGGAGCUGUUCCAGGUCAUGCUACAACAGAACUGGAUGUGAAAAGUGAUUUUUUAGAUAAAUCUGAGCCUCUACCUUCAAGCAUUCAUGAAUGUGAACCAAUAUACCAAGGUGAAGAGCACGUACUUGGCACCACAAAUAUGGUGUAUGAAAAUCAAGAGCCAGUGUAUGAGGGGGAGGUGGUUCUUGCUGAGCAGGCUGACAAGACUGGGGAAAGCAGCCCUUCCGUGGAUGACAAGGCCACAGAACAUCAAUGGGAGCUGAUUGAUAAUUUUCUGCAGACCACUGCUAACCAGCUGACUGUCUAUGGUCUCUUCUGUUUACAAGAGGGACUUAACGAAAGUGAGCUUUGUGUCUUCUUCCGUAAUAACCACUUCAACACUAUGUUCAAGUACAACGGAAGUCUAUAUCUCCUAGCAACUGAUCAAGGUUUUAUAAGCCAAACUGAUUUGGUAUGGCAAAGGUUGGAUGAGGUGAAUGGAGAUGGGGUUUUUCUUACCAGCAACUUCACACCAUUUAAGGCUGAAACUCCAAGAAAUGAUUCAUGGAAUGAACAGCGAGCUAUGACGAGUACUGCUGAUUAUCUUGCUCAAUUUGACAACACUUCUGGAAACUCUGAUCUGGAGCUAGCUAUAGCACUUCAACAGCAAGAGUUUGAGCGGCAGCCACAAAGGUUUCAAGCUCCACCACCACAGCAGCAACAACAACAGCAACAACCACCUCAGACGCAGCACCAACCGACUCAAUCUGGCCGACCAGGACUUGUUGUUGGUCCAAGGAGGUCCAACGUCCCACCUCCGUCGAGAAGUGAAUCGAAGAAAGAGAGGUGCAUCGUGAUGUAA